AUGAAGUUCACGGGAUUCACCGUUUCACUCGCCUUUGCUGGCUUGGGCUACUCUGCCGCUCUUCCCGUCCUCGGCAAUGUCAAGGGUGCUGUAUCUGGCGUUGAGGGCGUCGUCGGUGGUGCCACAGGUUCCGCUGCUAAGAUCGUUUCGCCUAUCACCUCCACCGCUGGCGGCCUGACUGGUGGCCUCAAGCGUGACAAUACCGCUGCCCUCGGUGGAACUGCCGAGACCAUCCCAGGCCUGGCCAACACCGCUGUUGGCAUUGCCGGUAGUGCUGUCGGUACCGGUGAAAGCCUUGUCUCUGGGGCUGCUGGUACCGCAGAGAACGCCGUUGCUGGUGCCGGUCCAGCCGCGAAGCGUCAAUUCAACGACCUCGUUGGAAGCACUCUUGGAAGUGCCGUUCCCGCCAUUGUCCAAGAAGCCAAAGCUGGAGGCCCAGCUGGUGUCCUCAAGCGCGAUGGACCUGCCGCGCUUGGUGAUACUGCCGAGACCAUCCCAGGCCUGGCCAACACCGCUGUUGGCAUUGCCGGUGGUGCUGUUGGUACUGGCGAAAGCCUUGUUUCGGGUGCCGCCGGUACUGCCGAGAAUGCAGUUGCCGGCUCCGCUGCAAAGCGUGGGCUCAACGACCUUGUUGGCAGCACUGUCGGAAGCGCCGUUCCCGCUAUUAUCCAUGAAGCCAAGGUCGGGCCGCUGGCUGGCGCUGGUCCAGCCGCGAAGCGUGGGGUCAAUGACCUUGUUGGCAGCACUCUUGGAAGCGCCGUUCCCGCCAUUAUCCAAGAAGCCAAAGCUGGAGGCCCAGCUGGUGUCCUCAAGCGCGAUGGAACUGCCGCACUUGGCGAUACCGUUGAGACCAUCCCAGGCCUGGCCAACACCGCCGUUGGCAUUGCCGGUAGUGCCGUCGGUACCGGUGAAAGCCUUGUCUCAGGUGCUGCUGGUACCGCUGAGAACGCUGUUGGCCAUGCCUAG